UGGGAGGGAUCGCCGAUACCCUUCGUUUCAUUAUGGCCACGAUAUGAUGACAAAAACGAUACGGCCGCGUUCAACACGGACGCAUUUGCCAAGCAAACCAUUCUAAACGCCUCGGCGGCUGGCGUGGAUCUCGGCAAAAUUGUUCUACAAGUGCCUCUUCUGGCUCGAGCUACCUAUGAUUCUGCCGAUGUCGGUUACUCGUCUAUGAUAUACGGAUUCCAUCAGGACCCACAGGGCAACGGCAGAUACCACAACAAGAAUGGGGACUACUUCUUCUUUUCGCAGCCACGUGCUGUCGACAAGAUCAAGGUGGCUCACGAGCAUGGGCUCCAUGGUAUUUCGUUGCAACAAUCACUACCAGACCAAGCACGGGCUGAUCUCUUUCCGUGGGAUAACAAUUCUCUUUUCCAUGCGCUUGUCGAAAACAUGUAGCCGCAUAUAUCAUUGCCUGCCCCGUAGUUGCUCCGGGGGCCCUCUCUGGAGGCUAUAUCAUUCUCUAGCAGCCUCAUCACUGAUGCUGGAAUCAGUCUAUCAUACGGAUCAUUAUGGAUGGUCUCCCCAUCCUCAAAUACCCGUAGUUAAGAUCCAGAAUCAUUGUACGGGUGUCGGCCUGACACUGUCAAUUCUGCCACGAUAUCCUCCCUCCUUUUGCUCAGUGGUCCAUGACGUUCCAUACCCGUUUCAUAGCAAUACGUGCGUAUGCGCGUGGCCUUUUGUGCGUUUCCCCAAUCCUUGAGAUAUGCGGUGCUCUGACGAUCACAUGAGGAGAGCAAUGUAGCCUCGUGAUUAAUUCCGUGGGUCUCUCUGAUUCCAUUUUUCCAAGCUGACGAUGUCAAUCUUUUCAAUCUCUAUUUUUCCGGUAUGAAUUGUGCGGUAAACAUUAGGUGAAGUUCAUGAGGUCGUUCUAUAUUAAUCUCGGUUUAACUUGAUUCGGUCAAGAUUCGUGGCUGAUGGAUACGGAUGGAUACGGAUAAGCACCUUCUCAAGCGACUGUAGCCGAAGCAUUGGAAGUCUUUGACAAAGUCGUCAGGGCCUGCUUAGCAGGGUUUAUCCAUAGAUUUUUUAAAGAUAGGUAUUUUUC